AUGCCCGCCACCGUCCACCUCGCGCCGCUUCCCCAUCGCGCACAGCCACACGCAAGCAAGCCUCCUCCGCCGCCGGCGAAGCCCGCUGCCCCGUCGCUCCCGCAAUGGAACGCCCUCCUCGCCGAGCACUCCCGAGCCGGCCGUCAUGCCGCUGCCCUCGCGCUCCUACCGCCGCUCCUCGCAGCCUCAGAGGGCCUCGCCCCCGACAGGUUCACGCUGCCUCCCGCCGCCAGGUCCUGCGGCUUCCUACGCGGCGGGGCCGCCGGCGCGGGGCGCCAGGUCCACGCGCUCGCCGCCAAGCUCGGCCUGCCCGGCGACCCCUUCGUCGGCAACUCCCUCGUCUCGAUGUACGGCCGGUGCGGCCGCGUCGAGGACGCCGAGAAGGUGUUCGGCGGAAUUCCGGAUGCGGCCCGGAACCUCGUGUCCUGGAACGCGCUCAUGGCGGCCCUCUCCGGCGACCCACGGCGCGGCCUGGAGCUGUUCCGGGACUGCCUGCUGGCGCUCGGCGGGAUGGUGGACGAGGCGACGCUGGUGACGGUGCUCCCAAUGUGCGCCGCGCUCGGGUGGUCGGAUAUGGGCAGGGCGGUGCAUAGCCUCGCGGUCAAGUCCGGAUGGGACGCGGCCGCGCGGGUGGGCAACGUGCUGGUCGACAUGUACGCCAAGUGCGGCGAGCUCGGGGACGCCGAGCGCGUGUUCCCAGAGGCCCCGUCCGUCGUGUCCUGGAACGUGAUGCUCGGCGCGUACGCGCGGAACCGCGAGACCGAAGCGGCGUUCGGGCUGCUGCGAGACAUGCACAUGCAGAUCGAAGAAAACGGCAGCGUGCCGGCCGACGAGAUCACCGUUCUGAGCGUCCUGCCGGCGUGCUCCGGCCUGCCGGAGCUGGCCAGGCUGAGGGAGCUGCACGCCUUCACCGUUCGGAGAGGCCUGGAUGCCACCGGCGACAAGGUGCCAAACGCACUGGUGGCAGCCUACGGGAGAUGCGGGCGCCUGCUCCACGCCGACCGCGUCUUCGCCGGCAUCCGGAGCAAGACGGUGAGCUCGUGGAAUGCACUCAUCAGUGCCCACGCGCAGCAGAACAGCGCCGCCGCGAUCGAGCUGUUCAUUCAGAUGACCAAUGCCUGCGGGCUGAAGCCUGACGGGUUCAGCAUUGGGAGCUUGCUCAUGGCAUGUGCCGAUCCGAAGCACCUGCUCCAUGGCAAGGCCACCCAUGGAUUCAUCCUCAGGAAUGGACUGGAGAAGGACCCUAUCAUCCGGGUCUCGCUCCUCUCGGCUUACAUCCGAUGCAGCAGGACGGAGCCUUUGGCUCGAAUGCUGUUCGAUGCAAUGGAGGGAAAGGGUGAGGUUUCAUGGAACGCCAUGAUCGCCGGGUACUCGCAGAACGGGCGACCCGGUGAGUCGCUCCAGCUCUUCAGGGAGUUGCAAUCCAUGGAAGGCCAUUGUUCAUCAGUGAUUUCAGCAACAAGUGCCUUGAUGGCCUGCUCAGAGUUAUCAGCUGUUCGAUUAGGGAAGGAGAUGCACUGCUUUGCCCUGAAAGCUGACCUCUGCGAUGACCCAUUUCUAUCCAGCUCGUUGAUUGACAUGUACUCGAAGUGCGGAUUUGCGGACGACGCCAGGGCGUUCUUCGACCAGUUGAAGGCAAGAGACGCAAAGGUGUCAUGGACGGCGAUGAUCACCGGGUACGCCGUCAAUGGUUUGGGGAAAGAAGCUGUUAAGCUAUAUGGCAAAAUGAGGAGGGAGGGGAUGGAACCUGAUGAACUCACCUACCUUGGCCUACUGAUGGCAUGUGGCCAUGCAGGGAUGCUGGAGGAGGGGCUGCAUUUCUUCGAGGAGAUGAGAAACCAUCAUCACAAAAUAGAACCGAAGCUAGAGCACUAUGGCUGCGUCAUCGGCAUGCUGAGCCGGGCAGGGCGCUUCGCCGACGCGGUGGCGCUCAUGGCGGAGAUGCCGCAGGAGCCCGACGCCAAGAUACUGAGCUCCGUGCUCUCUGCCUGCCACAUACAUGGAGAAGCAGAGCUGGGAAGCGAGGUCGCUGACAGGUUGCUUGAGCUCGAACCCGACAAGGCCGAGCACUACGUCCUCGCCUCCAACAUGUACGCCGGGUCCGGGCGGUGGAAUGAGAUGAGGAAGGUGAGGAAGAUGCUCAGGGACACUGGCGUCGCCAAGGAGCCAGGCUGCAGCUGGAUCGACGUCGCGGGCAAGGUGUACAGCUUCGUCGCCGGAGAAAACACGCUCCCUGAGAUGGGCGAGGUGAGAAGGAUGUGGCUUAGCCUGGAGGAGAGGAUCCGCGAGAUCGGGUACGUUCCCGACACCACGGUCGUGCUGCACGAGCUCGAGGAGGAAGAGAAAGUGGAGGCGCUGCGGUGGCACAGCGAGAAGCAGGCCGUCGCGUUCGGGCUGCUGAGGACGGCCGCGCCGGCGACGGUGAGGGUGUUCAAGAACAUCAGGAUGUGCAAGGAUUGCCACAACGCCGCCAGGCUCAUCUCAAAGGUGACAGGGAGGGAGAUUGUGGUUCGGGACAAGAAGAGGUUCCAUCAUUUCGGGGGUGGUGUCUGCUCCUGUGGGGAGUACUGGUGA